AUUGACGCGAACUGUCAAAGUCAAAGUAGAGUAAGGAAGAGGAGAGGUGAAAGGUUGUCGUAACAAGUUUCGUAAAACUAACAUUUAUCAGUACUUUGUUGAGUCGUCGUGUGAACAACAGUACCGUAGUAAAACUGUGCAUAUGUUACAAAAGUGACUAAAAUACGUAUAAACUGAAUAUUCUAUAUAAACCAUGUCUAAAUCAUUGUUUUAUUUUGUUCUCGCGAUACUAAGUUUUGCUUCUGUAAACAGUAAAAAAGAAUUAAAAUUUUACCAGGAAAAGAAUUUCCACGAAGCAGAUCAACUUUCUGAUAGAGAUGUCAAAAGUUUAGCUGCAUUAACAGAUAUGAAACACUUUAAAACGGUGUUAAAUGAAAUUCUGGUACCAAGAGUGGUUGGGACUCCGAGCCAUGACAAAGUUGCUUCAUACAUCUCUGAUCAAAUGAAGGGUCUGGGUUGGGACGUCACGGAAAACGAGUUCCAGGACGAAACCCCCGUGUUUGGGACACUCACCUUCAAGAAUAUCAUCGCGAAACUCAACCGCGACGCGGACAGAUUCUUGGUGCUGGCGUGCCAUUAUGACAGCAAGUAUAUGAGGGAACACGUGUUUGUUGGUGCGACGGACUCAGCCGUGCCUUGUGCAAUGAUGAUCAACUUAGCUAAAGUGAUGUCAGCGAGGCUAGAAACACUGAAGAAAAAUCGUUUGAGCCUCAUGUUCAUAUUCUUCGACGGAGAGGAGGCCUUCAGGCAGUGGGGACCCAAGGACUCGAUAUAUGGAGCGAAGCAUCUAGCUGAGGAAUGGCACAACACGGAAUACAAAGAUGGGGCUAGUCAUCUCAAGAGAAUGGACGUGAUGGUAUUGCUCGAUCUCCUCGGCGCCCCUGACCCAGUCUUCUACAGCUACUUCCAGUCCACUGAGAAGUGGUACGUGAGGCUAGCAGUGGCCGAGCAGCGGCUGGCCGAGCUCGACCAGUUCCAGGCUUACUCCAAAGGGCAGGCCGAACAGACGUACUUCAGGUUGAGGAGCUCUGGUGCCGUUAUAGAAGACGAUCAUAUACCGUUUAUGAGGAAAAAUGUGGAUAUACUGCACGUGAUUCCAUCCCCGUUCCCGGACGUCUGGCACACGCCUGCCGACAACCUCUCAGCCCUAGACUUCAACACUAUUGAAAACCUAAACAAAAUACUUCGAGUGUUCGUCGCUGAGUACCUCCACAUCAAGCCUUAGCAGGCAACAAGGCAAGGACACUAGUUAAUGAUCAUAAAAAUGUACAAGAAACGGCUACGUUAAUUUAAAACAUAACAGUAAGAUAAGUUGGCAACAUUAGUUCUGAAUCAGUGGCGGAUUUACAAGCGGCGGAUCUCGGAGCAGGCGGAUCCACAAUUUUCAAACUGUCAUGUCCUAGAUUAUUUUUACAAUUCAAAAAUUUACGGGACGUACAAUGAUAAGUGAGAAGAGAAAGUCAUCGGCAAAAUUUGUUGCAGACCUCUAUCUAUAAAACUUCAGAAUACAGAAAACCGUCAUCCAGAAAUAUUCUUGAUUUCUGGUAGC